AUGCCCAAGUGGACUCCCGAGUUAGACGCGAUUAUCCUCCAUGGUGUCUUUGAGGAGUGCAACAUCAGCUUCUCCAAGUCACUUUGCGCCAAGAUCGCUCAGCGAGUCAAUGAUGCUGGAGUCGAAUGCACUCCCAAAGCCAUUGAGAAUCGCCUGUACUCUUGGAAGAAGAAGAACGUAUCGGGCGCCACGGGCUUGAACUCUGCUACGAGCACUCCCGUUCAGACACCCGCCACUCCCAAGACGCCGCGAUCCCGGGUCAAGCCCAAGGCAGAAGAUCCCGUGACGCCUUCACCCUCUGUCAGAAAGCGCAAGGCUAGUAAGCUCAAGACUGAGCCAGCUGAGUCCCAGUCUGAGGAGAAUAGUGAGCUUGAUGAUAUGCUCGCUGUCAAAAAGAUGAAGACUGAGCCUGUCGAGGAGGGUCUCAGUAUCGAUGUGUCGGUGGAGGAACAAGUCUAA